AUGGGUAUACCAGGGUUCUUUCGAUGGCUGUCUUCGCGUUAUCCUCAUAUAGUUGAAGCGGUAAAGAAAAAAUCCAGAAGCAAAACUGAUUUCUUGUACCUUGAUAUAAAUGCUUUAUUUCACGUUGCGCUUAGAAGUAUGGAGAAAAAAACUUCAAAAUCGAAUUUCACAUCCCGUCGCAUGUUAUCAAGAGUUUUUAAGGAAAUGGAUAUUGCGUUCAAUGUUUGCAACCCUCAAGUAUUGGUAUACAUUGCAAUGGAUGGUGUUGCACCAAGAGCAAAAAUGAAUGAACAACGAUCUCGAAGAUUUUUAUCUCGGGAGGGGUCUCGUAUAACAGAAGAAAGCGAUUCAUAUUUUGAAGACUCAUCUAUUAAAAAUGAGCAUUCAAAAUUAACAGCUCGUGCAAAAAACUCUUCAGGAUUUUUCGUUCCAGUAGAUAGCGCAUCGAUAUCAUCAGGAACCGAAUUCAUGCAGGCUGCAAACGAUGCAAUUAGAUAUUAUAUAUACCAACGUUUGAAUGGUAGACUCAAAAAUCUUCAAAUAAUACUUGAUGAUUCCAGUGUGGCCGGUGAAGGAGAGCAUAAAUUAUUUCGAUUUUUAACUGCGCAACGUAAUCAUCCAGGAUAUAACACAAAGUAUCGGCAUGUUGUUUGUGGUUGCGAUGCCGACUUUAUCAUGUACGCUCUGCUUACACACGAACCUAAUUUGCGUAUAUUACGUCCUGGCUUAAAAGGGAAUGAUGUCAUUCUUAACAUCAACAGACUUCGCAAACACAUAAUUCGUGAUAUGGUGGUGCAAGUAACAUCAGAUAUUGAAGAAGACAAG